AUGCUCACGACACUGCCGCACCUGCGCAUCCGGCGCCCUUCGCCAACGACGGCCGAGUUCACAGUCACAACCCUCCCACCGCCAACCCUCCCCCUCCGGAUCCUGCGAAUCAUUCUCAUCGUCUUCCGCCUCCUGCUGCUCCUCACCAUCUGCACCGUCCUCUCCUCCCGCUGGCUGCAGAGCCCGUUCGCGCAACCCCUCGACACCUACCCCCUCUGGCCCGCGGCGUGGUUCUCGAUAGACACCCUCUGGUACAUGGCGGGCUGCCUGCACCGCUCGCGGCUGGGAAUCGCGCUGGGAGCCCUCGCGGCGCGGAUCCCGCUCCCAAUCCUCGUGCCCGGGGCAGCGACGCUGUGCUACGGGAUAGCACUCCGCGUGCACUCGUCCGAGAGCCUGCUGGUGCUGAGGGGCCUAGGCGUGCAGACGAGUGAGAGCCCGCGGACGUACCUGGCGAGCGCGGCGACGCGGUUCAUCCCGACGGAGAAGAUCCAGGACAUUUUCGUCAACGAGGCGUUUCGGGGGUUCGAGGUCAGGUACUACCUCGUCGUGGUCGUCGAGGGCGAGGAGGACGUGGUUGUGGUGUUCCCCGGCUUGCUGCCGCGGAGGCACAUUGUUGAGAAGGUCUGGAGGGAGGCGAGGGAGUGUCUUUAUGAGAAGGCGCCCCGAGGGGGGAUUGAGUGA